UUUCCUAAGUUUGAGUGCGCGGACUCUGUACUUUUCCUUCCAUAGCUGCGUUGCAUCCGCUUUGGAAUUAAAACGUUCGAUCGCAAAUAUCGUAAAGAAAUAAAAAUUUCAAAUCAUGGGAUUCGGCAGACGUGACGAACACGAUGAGGAGAACCCAGUCCCAGAUCCGGAACAGGAAAAACUUAAUCAAAAUCCCGAGCCGGAGAUGGAGAUGAAAAAAAUUCCGGUCAAGGAGUAUCCGGUCACUGUGAUUCCCGGACACAACGAACCGCUGCUGAAAGUUCACCAUCUGAAGUAUCUGCUGCUCGGAUUCAAUUUCUUGGUCACGCUGUUGGGCGUGGUUCUGUUGUCCCUGUCCGUCUGGGUGUAUGUGGAUCCGGAAUUCUGGCAGUACGAGUCGACCUUGAAAGUGGAUAAUCUGAAGACCGUCUUGGUGAUGUGCAUCAUCGCCUCCCUCGUCAUCCUGAUCAUCGGGUUCCUCGGGUGCUUCGGCGCAGUCGCAGAACGAAGGUGGCUCCUCUUCCUCUACAUCAUUGUUUUUGGAAUUGUAUUCUUGUUUGAACUGGCCGCACUUGUUUUACUUUGGAGUGCCCCAUAUAGCAAUUCGAUCGGCAGAGAACUUGAAAAGCAAAUCCAGAAACAGAUAGAUGACAGGAUGGAGGACGAUUCUGCUCGAAAAUUUAUGGAUUAUGUUCAAGAGCACUUGGAAUGCUGUGGUUCUCAGAGUCCAAGGGACUACAGAUUGACAGAAGCUCCCAAGUCCUGCAUGGGCAGUAGUACUGGUACUUUACAUCCUACGGGUUGUGCUGCGAAGAUGCUAACUUACAUUCGAGGAAAAGCUGGAAUUAUUGGUGGAAUAUCUUUGCCUAUUCUUCUAAUUCAGCUACUGGCGCUCUGUGCAACGGGCUACCUCAUAAAAAGCAUAAGUGUUGAAUCAAAGUACUUCAUGUGAAAUAUUUCUUAGCGACAAAAACUAAAAGUUUUUUAGGUCUCUGAAAGCUGCAAGGCCAAGCAAGUCAGCUGCCACUUCACCAUCGUCUUUCUUAUGUACUCAGCUAGCGCUUCUUGUGUAAUCACGUGGUGUUUGGUUAAAUUUUGACGAAAGUCAGCCCGAUUCUUUUACCUGUCGAACUUCUUCCCCUAUCAUUUUCGACCAGUCACGUGUACACAAUCAUGUGACUGAGUGGAAAAGGACAGCAAAGUAGUUAAUACGAUGCGGUACGAGAAUCGGGCUGAAUAUUGUCGGUGGCAGAGUGUUCGGUUUUAAGGAUUUCGGAGGCUGCGUAGUUGCAUUUCUCUUAUGAACAGAUGCCACGAAAGCUAUGCGAGUAUGUUGCCAUAAAAGGUGAUUAAACUUGUCUUAAAAGGUUUAUAAUACAUCUGCCAACAAAUUUCUACGAAAUGGUUCAAAUCAGUGGUUCAAAAACCACUGUUAGGAAAGCUGCUGAUGCAUUUGCAUAAGAAGUUUAGAAAAUUAUUUUCAUUUUACGUUUGUAAAUUUUUAAGAAAUAAUGUGUGCAAAAUUGCUGCAAUUUAAACUAGCCUAGCUAAUGGCUCGAAUAUCUAAACUCAAAGUAAAAUUCUGAUUCUUUUUUUUUUUCUGAGUAGUUUAAAAAAAAAAAAAAAAAAACUCUUGCCGUUUUAGAUUCAAAACUGUUCUGAUAAAAAUGUUGUAAAAUUGUUCCAGCUAACAAUUAAAAAAAAAGGAAAUAUCUUUAAAGAAUUUGUAAAAAAAAUUGCAUAAAAAGGUUCAUAAAACUGAUCCAUAAGAAAUAUUGGAAGUAUUUCAAAUUUCAUGAAACUUUUGCCGUACAAUUUUGCCAAGCUCAUGUUAUCAAAAGCAGUGGCCCCCAUGUUUAUUUUCAAAAGUAUUUAUCAUUAAAAAUAAAUGUGUAGCAAUGAUUUAGAAACAGUUAAUCGUACUCAUUGUCGGCAUGAAACAAACCAUGACUUUUACCCUACUAAACCAUGCUUCAAUGCAAGUGGUUAAUUUUGACUGUUUAUGAGUAUUUAGUUAUUUUAAAUACGAGGAAAAACAACUAAUUUUGAGUUUUAUUUAGCUCUACCUCGUUCUUGAAACCAGAGGAGAUACGACUGCGCUUCAAUCCUUAGAGAGUCCCCGGCCCAUACUCCCUCUAGAACUACAAUUUUUAAUAACAUGAUAAUAACAAUAAUUAAAUACUAAUAUUAAUAUAUCAAAGAAUUACUCAUUAAGCUUGGGUUUUAGUGUAUAUAUGAAAUCCGUUUGGAAACCAAAACCCUCUCUCCCCUUCCUCAAAAAGUUGUUGAAUCCCUGGUAAUGCUUUUGCCCACGAAAAUUCAUAUACUGUAAAACUCUUGUAUUCCUUUCAAAGUAUGAUAUAUGUACGAAGUUCCCAUUUUGAAUUAUGCUAUUUUAUACUUGUUUAUGUACAGAAGAGAGAGCGGUUGGGAAACCCACUAAGUUUAAAACAUUUCGCGCUUUACAACGAAGUUUCCAGGUGGGAUGUACUUUCUUCUAAAGGUACCCAGUGAGUGAAUCUUUUGUAGUAAAUGAACAGUUCGUAUUUUUUCUUUUUCAAAAAAAUAAGGUUUAAAAUUUUUUCUUUUAAAUUGAUGGUGGUAACUUUCUCCUACACAUUUUCAGAAAGAAAACGAUUAGAAAACGCUGCGUUUGAUCACUGGUUGGAGUGUUCAUUUACUGGGAAGGAGUACUCUUCUUCAUUCCUUACCCCCCCCCCCCCCCUCUCUGAAACGUUCUUCCAAAUUAAAAAAAAAAUUUACAUAUAUCAUUUAAAAUGUUUUUACUGAAGGUGUAUGUCCAGUGGCGCAGCGAAGGGGAGGGGGAGGUUUGGGGUAAAAACACCCCCUAGAGGCAUUGGUUUUAACACAAAUGCAAAUCCUAAUACAGUAGUUUAGGUAUAUGAAAGAACUGUUUUGAUUUUUAAAAAAACCUUUCAGAAGAUAUUUUUGAUUAAAAAUUGACAAAUAAAUAAAUAAAUAAACCCCUUGAGAAUGGUAUUUAUGAUCAAAAAAAAAAAAACCCACCAGAAGGUAUUUCUGGCUGAUCUAGUGCGUGUGUCAAAUGCUACAAUUUUCAACGACGCUAUGAAUUUUUAAAUUUAAAAAACGCUCAGGUGUGUACUCACUGGCCAGUCUACCCUAUGCUGAUUAUUGGUAUUAACUCCAAAAAGGACAGCUUCACAAGUAUCCGUAAGUGCUUUUUAAUGCAAAAAUAGUACAUCAUUUACUACCACUGAUGAUUCCUUAGAGAAUAUAAAAUUUCACAUAUAAUCACGCUCGAUAAUCUGAAAUUAAAGAUAUCUAUAUGUGUCAAAACCUCAAAUUAAUUUUGUUUCUGUUAACUGUUAGUAACCAAAAGAUUCCUCUGAUAAAAUUGCAUUAUUUUUUUUUUCUUCCAUUACUUUGUUAAAUAAAUAGCUCACAGAAAAAGAAAUCAGUGAGCAUUGUUGUUUGAAAAAUGAUAUUCAGUAUUGUAUUUAUGUGUUUGAUAAAUGUUUUUAUUAAUAUUCAUUGUGUAGAAAAUUCAAAUUUGCUGUAAAUGUAUUAUUUGAAA